AUGUGGCCCGCCUUCAACGAACUUUUUGCCUGUGUCCAGACGACCAAAAAAGCCAACAGAAAGGACUUGGGCGCACAACAACCGCGCGCGGCACGAUACACAUAUUGCAGCUGGUCUGGUGCUUUAAUUUCAACAUACAAAGGCAUGGCUCCGCUGAACAAAAAGCGCAAGCAACAGUCGGCCGCCGGGCCUGCUGCGAAGCGCGGCAAGAUUAUCAGGCCUCCCAGGCACUGUGUCGAAGACACCGGCUCACUCGCAUGGCAGACUCUUGGCGAGGAGUUUGGCGGUCUGGAAGUCAUUGAAGGCGUCGAGGUCAUCAGGGACGGCGACCGCGUGUCCUUUAUGGUAGCGAACCCACCCUUGGCGGGCAAGGCUGCGGUGACCAAGGACCAAGAGGACGGCGGCGCCGACGACGGUGAUGUUUUCGAAGGCUUUGGCGACGACGACGAUGAGAACGAACCCAAUACCGAGACAAGCGAGGCAAAUACCACAAAAACGACAUUAAAAACACAGGAGGGGAAGAAAAAGAAGGAAAAGAAGACCAAAAAGACGGUGCCGCCGAAUGCGCAUGAUCGCAAGCUAGAGGCAGCAGCAGCAGACACAAUCAAGAAGCAAAAGGGUGGUGCACAGGUCAAUCCCUUUGACGUGCUGAUGGACGCUCAGGACGACGAGAACGAGGCGAAUCUCGAGGACUGGGUCGCUCUGAACCUCUCGCCGGCCAUUGUCUCGGCCAUUGGCAAGCUCGGCUUCACCAGCCCGACCGCGAUCCAGGCGGAGUCGAUCCCGCCCAUCAACGCUGGCGCCGACGUCAUUGGCAAGGCGCAGACCGGUUCCGGAAAGACGCUGGCCUUUGGCAUCCCGAUUGUCGAGCGCUGGCUGGAGCUGCACGCCGACAAGGACGGCACCGACGACGAAGACGGCGACGAAGAAGAAGCAGAGCAGGACGGGGCCAGCAGCCGCAAAGGUCCCACCGCCGUCAUCCUGAGCCCGACGCGCGAGCUGGCUAAGCAGAUUGGAGACCACCUCCGGGCGCUGUGCGCGGGCUUGCCGGCGGCGUCGCCGCGCGUCUGCGUGGUGACGGGUGGGCUGAGCGUGCACAAGCAGCAGCGCCAGCUGCGCACGGCCGACGUGGUGGUGGGCACGCCGGGACGUCUGUGGGAGGUGCUCGACGGCGACGCCGCGCUGCAGGCCGCGUUCCGCAGCCGUCUGCGCUUCCUCGUCGUCGACGAGGCGGACCGGCUCUUCAAGGUCGGCCAGUUCAAGGAGGCGGAGCUGAUUAUCGGCGCGCUGGACCGACGAGCGGGGGGGUCGGAGAGUGAUGAUGAGGAGGACGAGGAGGAGGUGGACGAGGGAGACGAGGGGAGCUGGUCGAGGCAGACGCUCGUCUUUUCAGCCACGUUUGACAAGGACUUGCAGAUGAAGCUGGCAGGCAAGAAACGGCCGAGUGCGCAGGGGACAGACGAGGAAAAGAUGGCGGAUCUGAUGAGGUGCUUGAAAUUCCGCGGGCAGCCCACGUUUAUCGACGUCAAUCCUGUUAGUCAGAUGGCCGAGGGCCUACGGGAGGGUCUUAUUGAGUGCGGUGCGAUGGAAAAGGUGAGCCCAAGCCAAAAUUGUGCACCAAUCGCAUCAUCAUCUAUACUAACACUUCUGCAGGAUCUAUACCUCUACUCUGUGCUGCUCCUGAAUCCUGGCCGACGAACACUCGUCUUUGCAAACUCCAUUGCCGCCGUCCGCCGCGUCGCGCCGUUUCUGCAAAACCUCAACAUCACCGCGCAGCCGCUGCACUCGCAAAUGGCGCAAAAGGCGCGCCUGCGCUCCCUCGAGCGCUUCACCGCCACCCGCAACUCCGUCCUCGUCGCCACCGACGUCGCCGCCCGCGGCCUCGACAUCAACGAGGUCGACCUCGUCGUGCACUACCACGUGCCGCGCACCGCCGACGCCUACGUGCACCGCUCCGGGCGUACCGCGCGCGGCACGCGCGUCGGCGUCAGCGUCAUGCUCUGCGCCCCCGACGAGGUGCUGCCCACGCGACGCCUCGCGAGCAAAGUGCACGCCCGGCGCGACGCUCGCUACGGUGGUGGGAGCAGCAGCAAGCGGGAGCACAUGAUCGAGACGCUACCGCUGGAUAAAAAAGUCGCCGCGCGCCUCAAGCCGCGCGCCGACAUGGCCAAGAAGCUCGCGGACGCGGUGCUGGCCAAGGAAAAGGCGCACAGCGAGGACACGUGGCUGCGCGGCGCGGCCGACGAGCUCGGCGUCGAGUACGACUCGGAAGAGUUUGAGACGACGGCGACCGCCGGCUUUCGCGGCGGCCGCGGCGGUGGCCGCAAGCGCAAGGACAAAUUGGCCGCGGGCAUGAGCAAGGCCGAGAUGGGCGCGCUGCGCGCGCAGCUGCGCGAAGACCUGGCCCGCCGCGUCAACCUGGGCGUGAGUGAGCGCUACAUUGCGGGUGGCCGUGUGGACAUGGCCAAGCUGCUCAAGGAAAAGGAAAAGGUGACGGUGGGCGGGCUUUUCCUGGGCGGCGACGACUCGUUUGGGCUGGGGUUUGGCAUAAAGUUGUAG